UUUUAUGUAUGUAGAAUUACUUAUUCUUCUUCAUUUCUUAUAUUCCAUUAUGAUUUUUUAACUUUUUCUCAUUCAUUUACCUUAUUAAGUACAUUGUUGGUGAAAUUCAUUAUCUUAUUAAAUUGAAUCUAUCACAUAUUAAAACUGGUGACGUAAAAAUUGACAGAUACAUGUAUACAUAUAUGCACAAGUUUAUAUUCAUACUUAAAUUCAAUUGUGUAUAGGAACUUUUGCUAAUCUUAUAAAAUAUCCAUUUUUCAUAUUUAUAGUAGACUCAUUAAUUUAUCAAUUAAAGCAAAAAAUUUCAGUUACAGAAAAAUAUUGAUAUGUAAAUGUUAAACAUAAAUAAAAUAAUUUCUGUCGUUGUACAGUUUUUCUUCUCAGAUAAUGACAGAAAAAUAAGUAAAACAAAUAAAUAAAAAGUAUUCAAAUGUACGAUCGAAAUGAGCUUUCCGUAUGUGGUCAUACAAUUUCUGAAAGAAGGAACGUACUCCGAAAUUCCGACUUUGUGGCUUACAAAAGAUUUUACUCGAUGUAGAUGGCCACCAACUAAGAAUGUUAACUUCUUUAUUAAAAAAAAUUAUCCACCAGAGGUUGACUGGUCAUAUUUUGAUGUUAGAGUGGAAUGUCACUGUGAGACUUUAGAAAAAGCACGAACAAUAGCAGAAAAUGCUAAUUACUCAAUUUCUUGUGACGAAAUCAGAGGGCGUGGAAAAAGAAUUAUAUACAAAAAAAAAUUUGACGAUAUAUAUGAUAUUUGUGAUGACAGUGAGGAUGACGAUGAUGAUUCAUCUUCACAAAAUCAGAUUCCCCAGAAGAAAUUAAAAAUACAUAAAAGUCAGGAUUCGUCUGAAAAAAAAUCUUUAUGUGACAAAAACAUCUUGCUUAAAGAGCAAUCCUCGUUUGAAAAAGUUGCACAAAUUGCUGCCGAAAAAAACUUCUCUGCACCAAACAGUUCUUUAUGUGCUAAAUUACAAACACAGAUAAUUGUUCCACAAGUGGAUAAGCUUAAUGAAUCAUUGGCUCAUGAAUCCAAGAAAAUUAAUGGACAAAAUCUCAAUUCUAUUUCAACUGCUUCUCCAUUAUCUAUGGAUGGCGAUGUUGAAAAGCUGAUCUCAAUUUGUAUUCAGACGUUAAAUUAUGUAAAAAGCAUCGAUCAAAGGUUGAGAGCUUUAGAAAAAAACGUUGUUAAUAUAGAACAGCCUACAGAUAUAUUCAGUGACAUACUUCCCAUCAAUUCCAUAGAAAACCUUCAAAAAUUUGAAGAAACCUUGGAUGAUAUUGAAACAAAAACGAAUUUUAUCCAAUUUUUAAAAAAUAUUGAAGGAAAAGGCAGCAAAAAUUUAGUGCAUCGUUGUAUGAGCCGUUUAUUUACAAAUGAGUUCGGCAAAGCUUGUUCUUGGCGUGGACGCGGAAGCAAUUAUCGUAUGUGCGAUUUGAAAUGUAUCAAUAUUCUGAAAUAUGUAUUAAAAGCCAAAGAUCUCUCUGAAUGCGAAUUCGAAAAUAUAGCAAGCGAAUGGUUCCGCUUUAGCAAAAUGCGGUAUGACCGGGAAAUUAAAAAGACAUUGCCUGACGAUAGUAAUACACAUGAAAAGACGGAUUCUUCAUUCAACGAAUUAGAAACAUCUCAAUUUUUGUACGCAGAAGUACUUUGUAAGGAAGAGACUGAUAACGCCUCCACAAGUCAAGAAUUAACGCAGGAAUGAAAAUUUUCAACUUUAUAACAAACCGUCCUUUUAUUACUUUUCGAUCAUCUUCCAAAAUCAAUGUGAUAUAAUAUUGUACUCCGCGAUAUUAUAGCUGCUAAAUGUAUAUAAUACGAAAAUUAUAAAAAAAAAGAAAAUAAAAAUAGUUCAAAGCAUCUUAUAUCUAAAUUUAAAUAUAAUAAAUAAGAAUGUC